ACAAAAACCUAUUUCCGGGUUCGGGAAAGGUCAAAGCUAACUACAUCGGUUAUCGUAGCUCGUGAGAAACUUUUUUUUUAACUCAGGGUUUCAUCUGACUAGGACCAGUAACAGUUCGCAAUGCCUACAUAACGACACAAAACAAAAAGCUCUGCACUACUCCAUUUCCAGUCCAAAGAAACAGUUUGGCAUCUCUCAUCAAGGCUUUGGGAACUUGGUGGUUCACUUCAAGCUGGUCUGUUCCUGAACCCUUCCUGCUUGUUCAUGCUGUCAGGCUGCUAAAUACCUGUAAAAGAAGCAUCCUAAGCAGGGCAGAUAGUCAGCCUGAUGAUGGGAGACGCCCUUUUGUGUUUUAGUUGUUGCAUAACAGAACAGCCGCAACCUAAACGCCGUCGACGCAUUGACCCUAGCAUGAUUGGUUUGCCAACAAAUUUCCGUCACACAGCACAUAUAGGUUCUGGAGAUGUACCCAAUAGCUUUAAUUCUUCACAUCUCCAUUCCGUGCAGAACCAAAUGGCCUCUAAGGGAGAUUAUGAACACCACCUCUCACCUGGACACCUGCAGCUUGCUGUCGUAGAAUUACCUCGGAAAAACCCUUGACAGAGUGACAAAUAGGAUGAGUGAAUAUUUGUGUCUGACUGUAAUUAACAGUAGAAGAUGGGACUUGGAGCUCCUACGGCUUUGUCUUCAGAUCUGCUUAUAUACAUCCACAUUUAACAUCUUUAUAGACAUCUAAG